AUGCGACAGCGCAGUCUCAAACCCCAGCGGCGUGUGAAGAAGCUCCCGCACCGGCUUCACGAUCCGUACGCGAUUACGGGGGACGUGUCGUUUGAGGAAUCGACUAUUUCGGUGGGUGGCCUCAUUACACCCACGGGUGUGCUGCAGCUCGUGGUGGUCUUGGCACUCAGCAGCUUCUUGUUUAGCGGCGUGCUGCUCUUUUGUGUGGGGCUGUUGGCGGUGCUGGGGCUUGUGUUGCUCCAUCACAAGAGCGAUGCGAAGACGAGGCAGCGAAGACGAGGACUUUCGAGUGUCUUGCACCGCCUCGUGGCUUUACGUCGCAGUGCGUUGGACUAUUCGCUGACGCUCUCGAUCGCGCCGAGAAGCGCGAGUCAUCAGACAGAGAGCAAGAUGCCGAGACUUGCAGUAGUGCCGUCGAGUAUUUUACCCCAGAAAGUGGUGGCGACUAUGGCAUUGAAGCAGGAGACUUGGAAGCUGAAGCCUCAGUGCGCGACGACUUCGAUUGCCAAUGGCGCCUCGAUGGUGACGCUUGACGUGUUGCCUCGGAUCAGUUCCGACUUGCUCGAGACCGCAGACGAGCUGUACAGUAUGGAGAAAGCCAGGGCCAAGUCGGAGCCGAAGCAGGUACUACGCAGGCGACCGCUACUGCCGCUCAAGGCCAACGCCAAGGUGAUGCAGCUAGGGCCAGUGCAGGAGAUCGAACGAGUGACACCGAUACAAAAAGCAGAGCAGGAAGAAGUGAUGUCUGAUGCAUUGACGACGUCUGUGAAAGCUGUGCACGCUCUGACUGAACAAAAGAAGUCGCAGUCUUUGCAGAAAAACGAAAAGCUACGGGAGGCACCGAGAUUUACUACUGCCGAGACAAGGACUCAGUCAUCUUCGAUGCCGCUCAGAGGCAAAGAUGCGGCUGCGCUAUCGAAGGCCAAACCCAAAGCAGUGAAGGUUGUUCCAUCUACAGCAUCUGUUAAUGAUGGGAACGCUAUACGUGCUGUGGCUCCGCUUCCAGACUUACCGAAGCGCAAGCUUUCGGAGAAAGCUGCUCGGCGUAAACCGGCCGCUAAGCAGGUUGUCACCCGCAAGGUGUCGCUCUAUGUGAAGUCAAAAGUUGAUCCAGUGCUGAAGGAAAAAGAGCAAGCGUUGAAGCAGGAAAUUGCAGGUGGGCAGGAUGAGGGGAACGGACACGAGCUUGAAGGUUUUGCUUUUUCGUUGGGGGCGUUCCCACCGUUGUCACAGCCCACGGUGCCGCAGACAUCAGCGUCGCCGUCUGCUGCUGAUGUGGUGGAACCGAACUUUUUGCUGGAUAUUGAGCUGGAGCCGAUUGCAAAGCCCGAGAAGAAGUCGAUCUCGUUGGAGUCUCAGCGUUUCAAGUGUGAGGGGAAUGCGGAGCUGCGGUUGAUGUUGGACGAGCUUGAUGCGAUGAGUUCGGAGCUGGACAUCGCCAUGGCUCAUUGCACUUCGCUGCUUUAUGAAGAAAUAUAA